AUGUUAAAGGGCUUCCCAGCCUCCUCCCUACGUGUCUGCCGCCCCGCGGCGGACUCCGUGGCCCUGCUGAGAGGCGGGAACCGCUGUGAGGGCCUGGUGCGGGUCCAGCUCGGCGGCCUGCGCGGCCCGGUGUGUGGGGACCGCUGGGGCCUGCAGGAGGCUGCGGUCGUCUGCAGGCAGCUGGACUGCGGCAGGGCCCACGUGGCGCCCACAUACGUGAUGUGGCCCCAGGAGAGGCAGCCCUCCUUGCUGCAGGGCGUGAGGUGCCAGGGCUCGGAGGCCUCGCUCUGGGACUGCGCCCCGGGGUCGUGGGAGAAGCCGGAGGGCUGCGCGUGUGAGUGCAUCGGCGCGGUACACUGCACAGGUGGGAAGCUGGCGAAAGUGGGGCUCAGCGGCGGAGGCAGCCCCUGCGCGGGGACCUUUGAGAUCAGAUUGCCUGGAAGCUCCGGUAUGACGUGCGGUUUGCACGUGGAGGAGGCGAGUGUCUUCUGCAGGAGUCUGGGGUGUGGCCCGGUGCUCCAGGCGUCCAGACCCCACCUCACCGGGGGCUCUGGGGGCUGGGGACCUAAGGUCGUGACCUGCCGGGGAACAGAGUCCAGCAUCUUCAACUGCAGGUUCAAUCUGAACGUUCAGGACCAGUGCAACCUGCCGACAGAUGUGCCGGUCGUGUGUUCAGGACACACUGAGGCCCGGCUGGUGGGCGGAGAGCACCCCUGUGCUGGGCGCCUGGAGGUGAGGCGUGGCCUGACCUGGGGCACUGUCUGCGACGAGGACCUGGACCAGGCCACAGCCCACGUGGUGUGUCGGGAGCUGCAGUGUGGCAUGGCCGCGUCCACACUCCCGGGCGCACACUUCGGCCAGGGCUCUGGGUCCGUGUGGACGGAGGCCUUCCGCUGUGCAGGCAACGAGUCCCUGCUGUUCCACUGCCCUCGGGCACCUGGGCACCAGUGUGGGCACGGCCAGGACGCUGGGCUCAGGUGCUCAGGGGAAAGGUUCCGGCUGGUCAACGGCAGCAGCAGCUGUGAGGGGCGCGUGGAGCUCCAGGUUCAGGGGGCCUGGGCACCCCUCUGUGCCGCCCACUGGGACCUGGCAGACGCCACCGUCCUCUGCCACCAGCUCAACUGUGGCAGUGCCCUGGCCGCGCCCCGAGGAGGUCACUUUGGGCACGGAAGCGCUCCCCUCUGGCCCGACAGGUUUCACUGCGUGGGGACAGAGCCCUAUUUGUGGAAUUGCCCAGUGAGCCCCCUGGGCGCCCCCGCCUGUGCCCCGGGAAACUCGGCCUCCGUGGUCUGCUCAGGUGGGUCACUCCAGGCGGGGGUGGGUGGGGACCCGGCCCCUGGGACGCUCUGGGUGGCCUCCAUUCAGUGCCGGCACAGGCACGACCUGUCCCUGUGGCAGUGCCCGUCAGCCCCCUGGGACCAGCGUUCCUGCUCCAGCCAGGAGGAGGCCUGGGUGGUGUGUGCAGAAAAGGCAGGAGGAACUCCGGGCCCCGGGGAGACCCUCAACUGCUCAGCCACCCGCAGCUGCCCAGAGCCUGGCCCUGCUCCCCUGCGGAACCCAGAGCCCUGCCUGAUGCUCAGGGCGGUCAGCACAGUCCUGGGAGCGCUUCUCGGUCUUCUCUUUCUGGGCCUCCUGGGCCUCCUGAUCCUGCUGCGAAUCACACAAGCCAAGCAGAGAGGCCUGGGAAGUUCGGAGGCGUCUCCUGGAGAGCCCACCUAUGAUGUCAUCGGGGAACUGCCUCUCGCAGGGCUGUACGAGGAAAUCGAGGAGGAGCCCCAGGAAGGGGCAGCAAGCCUCACAGACGGACAGUCUGGGCCCGAGGAGGGUUACGACGAGGCUGCGUUUCCUCUGGAGGAGAUGACGCUGUGAAGACCUGGAGGUAGAUCUGCCGCUGACAGAGUGGAAAGCACCGUUCGUGGUUCCCCUUUAUGAUGGUGUUGAAUCCAGAACACACAGGAGCAUUCUGGGGACUGUCCUCAAGCCUCUAGGUCAGCCGUGGGCAAACUACGGCCCUCGGGCCGGAUCCGGCCCGUUUGAAA